AUGAGGGAACGAAAUAAAAUCAAGAGUCUACAUGAAGUAGAUGACAAUGGUCGAUUUCUGAUCAAGAAUCGUUUAGGUCAGUUCCUCCUUGACGCUGCCAGACUAUAUGAAGGGAUGUCAAACUAUCGGGAUAAGAAACUGCUCCGCGAAUAUAUUUCUAAAGACCCCCCUCUUCAUCCUCGGCGUACUCUCGAUCAAGCCUACCACUGGACACUCAACUCAACAUGGGAAAGGGAUAGAGAUCAAGUUGUAUACAGACAUACGACUACAGAACCUGACAAAUUCCAUAAAUAUGAUCCGGGUACUAAGACAUGGCAAGAACACGAGGAUUUCCACAUCAAGGGGACAUGUGAAGAAUGCAAAAGGAAUAUUCAAAAGCUAUCUCGUGUUAUCAUGGUGGACCAGUUGUGGAUGUGGGUUCUGGAUGCAAAGACGAUUAUUACCUGCUUUCCGAAACGAUACGGUUCGAAUAAGCAGGAUAGUUCAGCCGUUCACAAGUCGAUAAGAGUACGCAUCCAGGAGAUUGGUCACGACCAGAUUCGUACCGCUUUUGAUCUUGGCUUAAUUAUUAUUGAUGAAUGCAUCAACACAUUAUUCAAUCGAGCAAGAACGACAAGUCGGCAGCCACAAGUCAUUGAUGCUUUCUCUAAAGCUAUUGGGAAUAUUAUGCACAAGCAAACCGUAGCUUUUGAAAGACUCUGGCGCUGGGCUGAUAAUGCCAGUGAUAUCUACAAAUCCAACGGGAAUGGGGAUGCUUCAGAGCUUCACGUCACGCUUCUUGAUAUUCAUCCUGAAGGGCAGCUUGAGCGGGAGAUUAAGGACAUAGUGGAAGAGUUGGAUAUCAUGAUACACAUAACAAAGGUCCACGAGAAAAUGCUUUUAGCAUUUACUUCCAGUGCGGAAAACUUGCUCGAUCCCUUUGGAAAAUUUGGCGAAAAUAAGAAGCGGGAGAUGAUAAGCAAUACUUCAAGAGGAAAAACGAACAAGAUCGCCCAAAGUCUCGCCGAGUAUAAAGAAGAAGGAGAAAGUCUUGCUAAGCAUGAAAAAGAAGGAGAAGUUCCAGCUGAUGAAAAAAGUGAAAAAUCUGCGUUCGAGAAAAGGCGAGAUGACUACAACUGGUUCAAGCUCAAUGCUGAUGAGCUCUUGGAAACUAUCAAGGGGCGGAUCGAUGAACUUGAAGAGUUACGAAAAAUUGCUGGCCGUACAGCCGAUAGUGUCAAGGAUUUAUUGGAAUUAAAACAGCAACAGGCCAGUGUCGUCCAGGCGUGGCAAGCUGUUAGACAAUCAAACGAGACGAUUAAGCAGAGCCAAUCGAUCAUGAUGUUUACACUCGUGACAAUCAUUUUUGUAAGUUGA